UCACACACCCGAUCAUUUACGAACAUUGAAUUUACGAAUUAAAACCGAACCGCCUUCCAUCUUUCCGUCUUUUCGUUUGAAGUAAUCAAAUCGUCAACAUGGGUUUCGCUAACGUUUGGUAUUCUCAUCCAAGAAAACAUGGUCAAGGCUCCAGAUGCUGCCGAGCUUGCUCGAACAGACAUGGUCUCAUCCGUAAAUACGGUUUAAACAUUUGCCGACAGUGCUUCAGAGAAUACGCCAAUGAUAUUGGAUUCAAGAAGUUGGAUUAAGUAACGUCGCAUUCUUUUGUUAUAAUGGCAACAUCAUUGGGAAUAAUUGAAAGUUGAGACAGCGGUUCACGCCCCGGUUUAAAAAAAAAGGAGAGUGGAAGUAUUAAAACACGUCCAUGGAUGGUCAUUGUUUACAUUUUAUUGGCGACAUGACAUUUUCAAUUAUUGGCAAUUUUGUUGGCAAAUAAUAAAUAAGUUUGUCUCGGCAA